AUGUCGGUUCUGAUCAAGAAACUUCAGCUGGAAAAGCUCCUUGACGAGAGGGUAUUUAUAAAAUGGGUGGAUGAAUCAAGCACAACCUUUACAUUAGGUUCUUGCUUAUAUAUCAAUAAGCAGAUACCCAGUUUUUUCAUGGCUAUAUAUCGUGAUAUGGAAGAACAGAUUCAUAUUCAUUUCAAGCUUCAGGUAUUUGUCAAGCUUGCUGGCAAGAAAAAACAAAUCGAUAUACUAUUAGUUGUUCCUCCAGAUGCUGAUUUUGCAAAUGCCUCUACACCCUGUCCAAUAUCGAGUGUCGAUUUAUCUCAUGAUGCUUCUGCUCUUCACGAAGCCGGUCUAACCAAUACACAAAAUGUUUUCCUUAUACGAUUUAAUCUUACUACGAAGGGAUUUGUCGUUACGAAGAACAAGGCUACAACGAUUAGACCUCACAGUACGACUACAAAUAUGUUGAUUCGUAGCCUUGAGUCUCUAUCCAAUGCUACAAUCUUCAAUGUAUAUAUCAGGCCAAGUACUUAUGCGAAAGUACAUCUGGAGAAACUUGGUAUACAUUUUAGCAAUCCUACAACCCAUAUACGCAAAACCGACUUAAGGGAAAUGUACAUUCAACAAGGGGCCAUCUUACUAGAAUGGAACAAAUUCGUAUAUCAGGAGCUACACCCAGUGCAAGUUCCCCGAUCACCGCCCCUGUAUGCUCAGUCAUCUCCGAAAGUACAAGUUCCUCGAUCACCACCCCUGUAUGCUCAGCCAUCUCCGAAAGCACAAGUUCCUCGAUCACCGCCCCUGUAUGCUCAGCCAUCUCCGAAAGCGCAGAUUUCUCAGUCAUCACUUAUUAUUUUCGAAGAAGCGAUUGAAGAAACACCAGCUCGAUCUCCAAUUAGUUCCAACUCUAUAUCGGUACAUGGCAUUUUCUCUGGCUGUGAAGAGUCAUCAGAGUCGUCAGAUAGCGAAGUGAACUUGGACGAUAUUGAAAGGGAUAACGGAAUAGACUUCGAGAUAAAUUCGGAUGAGGAAGAGCUUGCCAACUUGAAUUGUCCAGAACUAAAUCAACAAUUCGACUACGAUGCAAAAGUAUCACAGAUGCUUAACUCGAAGUUGGAGAAAUGGAUAGAAACAGUACUACCAAUCAACCUCAAGCUCCACUAUCAUACACGUUUAACUAUCAAGUUAUCAAUUCUUGGUAAUUGUAUUCAUACAUCAAAUAUGAAGAUGUUUGAUAUUACUUUACUUUGGUGUUCUACACUGUUCUUUUACGAUCCACUCGAUUCCGAUUCUGAUAAUACUCUCGGGUUAUGGGAAAAGAAAAACUCAUGGCUUAUUCGAGAUAUGGCUGAAAUGAUUCAAUGGGCUGAUGAAAUACGCCAUAGUACUGAGAUAAAUUCGUCAGUAUUGGAGCAUCUUAUGAAGCUAGGUCAUGCUGCUCGUACUGUUGCUCUGGACUCUAGAUAUGAUAGAGGUGUCUAUGUUAAACAGAAAAGUGUUUUCAUGACUUAUAUAUUGAGGGAGUUUCGCAAACCAGGUAGUAUAGGGAACAAUAAGCCUAUUUCUCGAAAAGGCUUGGAAAUUGAUAGUAAUGCGCCAAAGCGAGUAAAAAUGUAG